AUCCAAUCAGCAAGUCCGGGUACGUACCCACGAUGGUGUCGAAGACUCUACCAACCUAGAAAUUGGUAGCUUAGUAUGAACUCGAGAAAGGCAAUUGAUCACGCGAGCGAGCACCUCUGAGCCUCCUCAUUUUCGUCCGCCUCAUCCAGUCCCUCUCGAUUUGUUUGCUUCGAACUUGCCUUGUGAGCUACAAAAACCAGCUCUUUCCAGCUGCCGACUCUCUCUUGCAUGCAUUGUGGUGUCCUUUGCCCACCUGCGCCGUCCCUCCUUUCCACGAAACUCAAAUCUCCCUCUUUAACAUGACGAUUUCGAGCACAUAAAAUCACCAAACAGCCGUCAUUCCUUGAGCAUUGCUUGGAAAUCAUGGCUACCCCACCUAACCCUCUACCCCCCCAGGACUGCUCAACACCCCAGAUCCGCUUCAUCCCACUCUCCUACUCGGCUGAGGACAGCCAUGUGUCUGCCCUCCGACUGAUCGCCCAGCUGCGCCCCGACUGGCAAGAAGGCAAUUCCGAGGUGUCCUUCGUGCGGUUCACCGACGGUAUCACCAAUACUCUGUUAAAGGCCACCUGCCGCCUGCCGGGUACGGAACCGAGCGCUGAGGCCGCCGAUGCCGACGCUAUCCUCCUACGCGCCUACGGCAACGGCACCGAUGUCAUUAUCGACCGGCACCGCGAGGCACAGAACCAUGAGCUGCUUGGCAGGUUUGGGCUGGCACCAGAGCUGCUGGCGCGCUUCGAGAACGGCAUGCUGUAUCGCUUCAUCCGCGGAACCGUCACCCAGCCAGACGACCUGAGGCGACCCGAGGUAUACUGCGCCGUCGCCCGCCGCCUUGCGCAGUGGCACGCCACCGUUCCCUGCCUACGGGGACCCGUGAGCAAGAGCGGCGAAACCGAGGCUGCCGAGCUCCAGAGGGCGAUCGACCGCGUAGCGGCUCCCAAGCCUAGCCCGAACGUGUGGACCGUCAUGCAGAAGUGGAUCUUUGCGCUGCCGACAAAAACAGAGGAGCAGAAGGCGAGACAGGAGACCCUACAAACAGAGCUGAAGUGGCUCGUGCGCGAGCUGAGCCAGAGGGAAGGGCUGGGUAAAGACGGACUGGUGUUUGCGCACUGCGACCUGCUCAGCGGCAACAUCAUUCUGCUGCCGAAGCCGGUCAGCAAUGGUGUUAACGGCAGCGGCGCCCAUGCAUAUGGCCCCAACACCGAGUCGGUAGCUUUCAUUGACUACGAGUACGCGACACCCUCGCCGGCAGCGUUCGACAUCGCCAACCACUUUGCCGAGUGGGGCGGCUUUGACUGCGACUAUUCCGUCCUGCCGACGCGCUCGCAGCGACGGACAUUCAUCCGCCAUUACAUCCGCUCCUACUUCGAGUUGCUGCCCGACCAGCGCCGGGUCGGUGCGACCGCCACUACAACCGAGCAGCUGCAGUCCGAGGCGGACAAACUGUUCGAGGAGGUCGACCUCUUCCGCGGCGUGCCUGGCUUCUACUGGGGAAUCUGGGCGCUAAUACAGGCGACCAUCUCCGAGAUCGACUUUGACUACGCCUCGUACGCCGAGACGCGUCUUGGGGAGUACUGGGCCUGGAGAGAGGAGGCGGGAGGGACUCGCAAGGCAAAGGGGUUGGAAAUGCCGUUGCGCGAAAGAAGAUGGGCGCAGGAGUAGGAUGGCCGCCUCGUCGAGCAUCGAUGGCGCGCCCCGGAUGACCAUUUCACACUGCGUCUGUUUCGGUGGGGCCGAUUGUUUUCGCCGUGCCAAAACGGAUGUGACCCUAUUUCUUUUGCAUUAACCCUUCUUACAAUUUUUUUUGGUGAGCGUAUCUGAUAUAAACGCGAGGCAUCAGGGCUAGCAUUCACCAUGAGGCCAGACAAGGGGCGUGCUUGGAGUUCUAUCUCUGGUUUCUUGCAUUAGGUAGGAUACCCAGGGCGAGCAUUCAACAUG